GUCUUCACAUCACCAGCCUCGACUGGCUGCAAACCUCCCUCCUCUCUGCACAGAUCCCAGCCUUCUGUUCCUACUGGAUGUUUGCACACCUUUUUCCACAGCCUUCAUUCCGUAAAGAAGAAAUUAAAAAAAGGGCUGUCCACGAGCUACUUUUCUUUAUGUCUGUUUGCCGCUUUAUUUGACAUUUCUUUGGGCAUACAUCCGAUUUCUUGGGUUGCCAGGGAGAGCGCAUAAUUUCUGGAUAACUCCCCAUCUGCGUCUCAAGUUAAACGCUGCGUCUCUCUCGACGACGGGUCGCGUUUUAACACGCGUCCGUCUCCUUUUCCAAAAAGUUGUGCAGCUCUAUGCGUGAUAAGUGCGGUGUUGUGCAGCACCAGGACCGCGGACCCGCGCGGCGUGGCUCCGCGUCGCGUCCACACCGAUCCCCAAGAGGGAGAAGAGCAGGUGAACCCGCUCCAGUGUGCGCGUCUGUCUGCAAAAGACGCCUGCUGCGUUGCGUCGCCACCGUCAGCGGUGAACGGCGAGACUUCUUGGGAGGAAACAACCGGGGGACCAAGUCUUGAGCUGUGCACCGGACGUCAGGGGGUUGUGAACCAGAUGCAUCGACAUGGGUCCCUGGCUGCCUGAUGAGCGGUUGGCACACCUCCCCUUCCCCCUGCUCCUCCUCCUCCUGCAAGCCCCCCUGCUGCUGUGCUUCGGGGAGCGCACCUGUCCCAACAGCUGUCGCUGCGAGGGGAAGAUAGUCCACUGCGACUCGGCCGGCUUCCUGGACGUGCCGGAGAACAUCACCGUGGGCUGCCAGGGCCUCUCCUUGCGCUACAACGAGCUGCACACCCUGCUGCCCUACCAGUUCGCCCACCUCAACCAGCUCCUCUGGAUCUACCUGGACCACAACCACAUCUCCGCCCUUGACAGCCGCGCCUUCCAGGGGGUGCGGCGUCUCAAAGAGCUCAUCCUGAGCUCCAACCGGAUCACCUCGCUGCACAACGCCACCUUCCACGGGAUCCCCAACCUGCGGAGCCUGGACCUGUCCUACAACAAGCUGGAGGUGCUGCAGCCGGGGCAGUUCCACGGCAUGCGGAAGCUGCAGAACCUCCACCUGCGCUCCAACGGCCUCACCAACAUCCCCAUCCGGGCCUUCCUGGAGUGCCGGAGUCUGGAGUUUCUGGAUCUGAGCUACAACCGCAUCAAGGCGCUGACGCGGACCACCUUCCUGGGACUGCAGAGGCUGAUGGAACUGCAUCUGGAGCACAACCAGUUCUCCCGGAUCAACUUCUUCCUCUUCCCUCGGCUGGCCAACCUGCGAUCGCUCUACCUGCAGUGGAACCGCAUCCGGGUGGUGAACCAGGGCCUCCCGUGGACCUGGUACACCCUGCAGAAGCUGGACCUCUCCGGUAACGAGAUCCAGACCCUGGAUCCGGCCGUGUUCCACUGCCUGCCCAACCUGCAGAUCCUCAACCUUGAAUCCAACAAGCUGUCCAAUGUGUCCCAGGAGGCAGUCUCGGCGUGGAUCUCGCUGACGGCCAUCAGCUUGGCGGGGAACAUGUGGGACUGCGGGGCUGGCAUCUGCCCCCUGGUGGCCUGGCUUAGGAACUUCAGGGGGAACAAGGACACCACGAUGAUAUGCAGCAGUCCGAAGACCCUGCAGGGAGAGAAGAUCAUGGAGGCCACGCGCAGCCACGGCAUCUGCGAGGAGAGCGACUACUACCAAACGGAGACGCCGUCCCCCACGCUGGAGCUCCUGUCGGAGACCGUCUCCGACGCCAUGUUCGCCCUGACCAGCGCCUCCACGCCACUGCACACCACCACGGUCGCCGCGCCCGGAACCCAACCCCCAUCUAGACCGGAGCCCGUCCCCUACCCCGUCCCCUACCCCAUCUUUCCCGGUCACGUGAGCAAGGGUCCUCGAGAACGCCUCCUGCCCCGCGGACGCCCCACUCCCCCCAUCCGGCUCGCCACGCCUCCGCCCCCGCCGCCGCCGCCGCCGCACCCCCCGGAGACGCACAUGACUCUGCACAAGGUGGUGGUGGGCAGCGUGGCCAUGUUCUUCACCCUGUCACUCGUGAUGACCAUCAUCUACGUGCUGUGGCGCCGCUACCCGGAGGCGCCGCGCCAGCUGCUGCACCAGCAGCGCUCCAUGGUGACGCGCAAGCACCGCAAGAAGAGCCCCGAGCCGGAGCAGAACCUCAGCUCCCAGCUGCAGGAGUACUACAUGAGCUACAACCCGGCCGCCACGCCCGAGGCGUUGGAGGUGAUGGGCAACGGCUCCGGAUCCUGCACUUGCACAAUCUCUGGUUCCAGGGAGUGCGAGAACGAGUACACCUGCCCACGCCCGCUGCCUGGCUCAUGGAUGGGAGAUGUGCCUUCCCUGAUCCACUAACCAGACGAGGAACAGACGUUCCUGAUGGGACAGGGCGGGGAGGACCGGGCGACACACGGGCAGCGCACCAGGAUUCCCUGGAUCCACCAUCUGCCCCUUUUUCACAGGAACACAAAACCAGAAGGACACACUUGUGUGAAUAACUGCGCACCUCUAAGGAUAAGCCAGCGACCAUAAGGACCGUUAAAAAAUAAACAAAAAAGGGUUUCUCGUCUCACAUUUUCGCCCUAGUUCUGUGGAUCUCUGAUGUUGUUUCCCAAGUGUCGGUCGUUAUCGCAAAACACACCGCCUCCGUGACGAAGUAAUGGCAGAAACCAAUAGAAAAUAAGGUAGACUAGAAUAGCGCAAGACCAGGGGGUUCUGGGUGCAAUCGACGAACACUCUCGCACACACUUCGGGCUAAGGACGAAGGUGACAUCUGUGUUUUGUUUGUCAUAAAACCGGUAGCUUGGGUGGCUUUGUUUAACUGCAAACGUUAACGAGGCCGUAAUUGGCGCCAAUGAAUCACGGAUGAGUACGUGGCUCCAAUAAAGUCGAGCGCAAUUAAGAAAAAAACAGAGUUGACACAUUUUAAUUCCCCGGGAGGAGUUAUCCUUUCCCUCCCUCUCCCACCUCAUCUAUUUUGUAACGGAGGAGGACACAUCGAAGGGCACAUAGGCGGUUAACGUCACCCUGUGUAACUUCCGAGGAGCUACGUUUUUUCCCGAAGGGAUUGAGUUCAUAAGCUGGAGGAUCAGCGAGGUCUGAGAAACAAUCGUCUGAAGAUCACAAAGACAUUGCACCGGAAGGAGGACGCAUAUUCUGUUGUUACGUCAAACAUCUACUACCUAUCUUGAGUUGGAACGGGGGAAACGGACAUGAUUUAAAAUUAUUGGGGGAGGGCGGGGGAGAGGGAGGGCGGUUCGGGUUUCUUCAUGAAUUGUAAUUCUUUGGGGAAAUUAUAAAGUUGUUAAUAUCUUAGUAUGUUAUGACCAUGUUUUACCAUUGCCAAAAGUGAAUACAAAGAAAGACUGUGCAGGCCCUGGCUGUCGCAGCUGCUCUCUGAUGCAACCGAUCCGUGGAGAAUGAUUUGAGGCGUCACUAUUCUCACCACAUUGAGACACUUUCGUAACAAAAAAAGAAAAAUAAUGCGUUGGGGAUCAAUGGAUUCCCCCAGCGUCUCUUGUGGGUCAGACACGGGGAUGUUGUUAAGUGAAACUUCAUGUGUUUGUGUAUAUUGUGUGUAAACAGGGUCUGGGCGAUGAAAAGGGGACGAUAACCGGGAACAGAUUUUUAUCGGUGAGAAUGGGGCAAGGGGCCGCUCAGAUCUUCUUAACUUAUGUUUUAUACACGUUUUGGACUCUGACGUCAUUCCAUCUACGUGCGUGCGUCCCUGCUGUAGCAACAGGUGUUGAUUGGCCAUUACAAGCCAUUUGAAAAUCGACCCAUUUGUGACAUCGAAAGUGAGGGGAUUGUCUGCAGCGAGAGGUAUGAUGGACGGAUAGAUAAACCUUCCAACCUACCCAGUGGACUGUAUCAACUGGUAGGGUAAUCGAGGGGUAUCUCCAUCAUCUGGGUGGACACUCCCAAGUUGUGAUUUCAAGAUUGGGUUGAUUUUAUGGCUCGUUAGUUCACACCUGGUGGUAAAACAGGGGUCCGAUAAACAGGGAAACUGAUUCUCUCCAUGGACUGGUGUGUUUUGUCAUCCAAUUUCUUAUUAUCGAAUUUUGAAUUAUUUCUCUCAUCCUCCAUCACUGCUAUUGGAUUUCUACAAUGAACAAGGGUAAUUUUCUAUUGUAAAUCUCUUGCCUUUUCUCCCCUUAAAACAAAUUGGUGUUUAAUAAUCAUCUGUAUCAUUUGGUCACUUUAAAUGGUCUGUUUUAUAACGCAAAUAAUGACUUUAUUGGUGAGCAAUAUGAAAGAAAUCAAUCAAAUUAAAAAGUAUUCCAUCUA